AGCAAACCGUGGAAACGGUGGGAGCAAAGAGCAAAUUAAAUAAUGUUGUUAUCAGGAAAAAUUACAGGUUUCCGCCGCGUUAAACAUCUCACCAGUUCUUAAGAGAAUCCCAUUUAAAAAAGUACGGGCGGCGGAUACGAAAAGCUUCGGUGAAAAGUGCAUCUACAUUACAUAUAUCUCUACUUUGUCCAUAAAUAUGUAUCAUGCCAACAAAUCCAAAGGAAUAUCUAUCAUCGUUGGGAUAGUUUAGCCGAAGAGGUUACCAUACAGGCCAUGUCGGAAUCAAACAAGAGACCGCAAUUAACGCUGAGGGAGAUUAAAAGGCCAAUGAUACUGGCGAAGGUGACACCAGCAAAACCGAUCUCACCUCUAGAACAAAAUAAGACCAGACUGAAAACCAAUGGCGGCAUUCCUCAAGAAACACCUUGCAACACGGCAGAAGAGAAUGCGAGUAUCGCGGAUGAUCCAGAGAUUCGAGUUCUUCAACAACCAGUCUCAGUCACCACCUUCUUUACAGAAAACUGUGCGCCAGUUCUCUUGCCAGUAUUCCAGUGCAUAUAUCACUGCAAAUUCAGGUCUCCGUCGUUCAACAAGAUGAAGCUCCAUGUGAUGGCCAAUCACAAACCUCCAGACCAGGACAACUAUACCUGCAAGGCUUGCAAGUUCAAAACCAUCUGGGCAAACACCUUUGUGAACCACAUGAUCUGCGCGCACUGCGUCACAUACCAUUGCAUGCUAUGCGAUAUUAGCCUACCCAACAAUGCUAUCGAAAACCACUUCCAGUCUAUCACUCACAAGUGUAGGAUAAUGAAAUCGGAAGUUUGCGAUCUCAUCACCAUAAAUCCUUACGCUCUGAAGAAGCACAGGUACACGCAUUGCUUCAACAAAGAAGUCGUCUGUCACAGAUGCUCUUGGGUCAUCAGCCAUCACAGAUUGAAGAAAGCUGUCGAUUUUGUGGACCACAAUCGCAUGUCACCAGAUCAGCCGAAUGCUCCUCACUUGAGGUGCACUUGGUGCGAAUUUACAACGUUCAACUACAGCCUUUUGGAAAACCACAUGAACUUAAAGUUGGAGCAGCACUUUCACCAAUGCCCCGUUUGCCGUUCUAAUUGCAAAAGUUUGGAUUUUCUUGUUAAUUCUCACUUUGACACUUGCCAAGACUUAAACAAAGUUUUAAGUUCGGACGACAUGAUCAAGCAAUUUGGAAUAGGAAAAUCAGUAAAUCCGACGCUGAUCUUGGAUGCAGCCAAAUGUUCUUGCAAAUCUCUUUGCGCGAAAACCACUCUGGACUUAUUGGUUACCGUCACGCCAAUGAAAGUGAUGGCAGAAUUGAUGGUCUCGGAAGGAAAAAUCUGCCAAAUGUGCAAACUACAGCUGCACAGUGACAUAGACGCGUGGAAUCAUUUUCAGGUGCACUUUACGCCUUGCUGCAAAUCGUGCUCGAAGAGUUUUCCUUCCGUUUUCUGCAAAGAGCAUGCAGAGUGGCACUAUCUCAUUUCCGACGAGUACUUUGACAAAUUCACGCAGCACUCGUUUGUCAAAGUUACGGACCAGUUGAUGCAUUGCCGACAUUGUACUUUGGCUGUCACACACGACCAACUCAUAAAGCUCAUCAGUACAACUCGCAAGUGCAAUGAGUGCAGCUUCUUGAUCACUGAAAACAAUUACCACGUGUUGCAGCACUUGCUGUGGAAAAAGAGCGGAAGCUGUCAAUUUUCACCGCAGAUUGAAAGAUACAUUUACCGGAACUGUGAGAAGGGACGCUGCUCCUGCAAUAGAGAAUUGGCAGACUGGUACGCUCGCCAUUUUCAGUGCGAAACGUUAUACAUGAGCAAACUUAGCCACGUGCAGCAGUCAGCCGAAAUAUGCAACUUGUUCACGUCGACAGUAUGUAGCAUAUGCAGCAUAAAACUACACUCGUUGAAGACAUUGGAGUUGCACACGGAUCACCAUCCAAUUUACGUGUGCCACCUGUGUGGCGACGUAGUUAGAAAAGUCUCUCAGCACUACGCCGCAAAGCACCCAAAUUUGGAGAAGAAUUUGACCGAAUUGGCGAAAUUGGGGCCAUACAUAAGUCGACAUUCGGAUUUGUUCAAAAGCCUGUUUCUUUGCAACUUCUCCAAAGGGGACAAGAACACCAGUUUUGUAUUAAACAGCUAUUGUAUCUUCUGCAGAGUUAAAGUAUUGGUCGAUGAUCGCGGGGAGAGCCAGCAUUGGAACCUGCACAUGACGCCGUGCUGCCGCGACUGCACGACGCUGAAGAUGAGGAAGUGCGAGGCGCACAGCAAGCCCCUGUUUUUCCACCCAGUCUUCUACCUCCACAAGUUCACGCAACACAAUUUCGUCAAGAAGGAGGGCUACAACUACGAGUGCGACAAGUGCAGCUUCAGCAUCGACGAGGCCAGUGGCGGCAAACUGCUCUCAACAUUCACGCGGUGCCCUUCCUGCGACUUGAACGUGCUGAUUUCCAACAAGCGCGAUGCCAUGGGUCUGGUGAUUCACGUCAUGCAGCAGCAUUUCGCCAUCAGGUCGUGCAACGUUCUGCUUUGUGAAAACCGAUCCCAAUGCGCCGAAGACCUACACGAGCACUACGCUGAGGCGCAUUUGGAUUUGCUCAAAUGCAGCCUCUGCUCGUUGCCUUUUCCCUCGGUCAGCACGCUGCUCCAGCAUGCUGCUGCCUGCAAAGCGUCCACCCUGGACGCGUAUUUCAGUUCGCGUGACUUAAACGGUGCCUGCACUGCCCCCACGCUAAUGAUCAAGACCAGGUGCCCCUUGUGCAAUAUGUUCCACGAAACUCCCGACGAGAGAAACCCAUUUUUCCAUCCGAGGCACGUCUGCCCGUUGUGCUAUAAUGUUUUGCCUCACAACGAGUUUGGAGACCACUUUUACAAGUGCCACAACGAAUUCGUCGCGCAACUGGCAGAGCACCUAUCCAACGGUGUUCCACCUGAGGAAUUUCUCAGGAUUACCAAGGAAGCGUUGGAACUUCAACUUGCCCAUCUCUAUACACUAUCGAAAAGAACAAUCCGAGAAUUACAUUGCAUUUCGAUGCGCCGGGAGCCAGAUGAGAAUGAGGAAACGGAAACCAACUGCACAAAGUACAAGAUAACAGCCGAAGAAUAUGAACAUGUUGUCCACCUGGCAUUCCAAAAGGAGUAGACACACACCAAAGAGUGUCAUUUUAGUUUUAAGGAAAAAGCAUCUCAAUGAAACAAAAAUUCCUAACUCUUUUCCUAUUUACGUUUAUUGCAUAUUCUAUCGUAUAUUAAGAAAUCCGAGCCAUUAAUGAAAUGCAACAGAUUAUGAUCUUAAAAAAAUUGUAGCAGGACUAAAUAAACUUAAUUGAUAAUGAUUCCUAUAA